ACGGAUUUCCCUACGCUUCUGAUCCAUUUUUCCUCCAUUAUCACUUCCACUUCUCUCUACUCUACUCUCUGCUUCAGGUCGACUAUGGUCGGUCGGAUCGGGAUCCAAUAUCCACCCCCUAUAUAACCCCUUCCAUGCUCCACUCUCUCUCCUUUCUUUUCACUAUUUUUUUCAACUUUUUCGAUAGCGAUCGGGGACAAAAGUUCACUCAUGGCGAUGUUUCAGAACAACCACUGGUUUUCUGAGCUCGGUUAGUUAGGGUUUUGCUUUUUAGCUAUGGGAGGGGGGAUUUUUAGCUUUGGAAUAAUGCAUGUGAAGGUUAGGUGUUUUAGACUUUGGAGGAAGCGAUUGAGCUGAUAAUUAAAAGGAGUGAAUGUUGAUUCAGCAGUUUUUAGGGGUUUAGGAUUCGACGAUCGUUAAGCCCCGAGAAGCUGCUGCACUGAGGAUUCGUUUAGCUCAUGCUUAUGAAAUUAGUUAAUUAAUAGUAAUACACAUAUUUAUAUAAUAAGGUAAGAUUUAGAUAAAAUAAUAUGAAGCUUUCAACAUCAGGGUCUGGUCAGCAGCCUCAAGAAGGAGAAAAGAAAAGCUUGAAUUCGGAGCUAUGGCAUGCUUGUGCAGGCCCGCUUGUUUCCCUACCGACAGUAGGCUCCCGUGUAAUUUAUUUCCCUCAGGGUCAUAGUGAACAGGUUGCUGCAACUACAAAUAAAGAAAUCGAUUCUCACAUUCCCAACUACCCAAGCCUUCCUCCUCAAUUGAUCUGCCAACUCCACAAUGUCACAAUGCAUGCAGAUGUUGAGACAGAUGAAGUGUAUGCUCAAAUGACAUUGCAGCCAUUGACACCCCAAGAGCAGAAGGAUACAUUUCUUCCUGUUGAGUUGGGUAUUCCAAGUAGACAACCAACUAAUUACUUCUGCAAGACAUUAACAGCUAGUGACACAAGCACCCAUGGUGGCUUCUCUGUUCCUAGACGUGCUGCUGAAAAAGUUUUCCCUCCACUUGAUUUCUCUCAACAACCACCUGCGCAAGAACUUAUUGCAAGAGAUCUCCAUGAUGUUGAAUGGAAGUUCAGACACAUUUUCAGGGGGCAGCCGAAACGCCAUCUUCUCACUACAGGGUGGAGUGUGUUUGUCAGUGCAAAAAGACUCGUUGCAGGAGAUUCUGUUCUUUUCAUCUGGAAUGAGAAAAAUCAGCUUCUUUUGGGAAUCAGGAGAGCAAGUCGCCCACAAACUGUGAUGCCAUCAUCUGUUCUAUCAAGUGACAGUAUGCAUAUUGGUCUUCUUGCAGCUGCAGCUCAUGCAGCUGCAACCAACAGUUGCUUCACAAUCUUCUACAAUCCAAGGGCUAGUCCUUCGGAAUUUGUGAUUCCCCUUUCGAAAUAUGUGAAAGCUGUGUAUCAUACGCGUGUUUCUGUUGGGAUGCGUUUUCGUAUGCUGUUUGAAACUGAAGAAUCAAGUGUCCGCAGAUACAUGGGGACAAUUACUGGCAUUGGUGAUUUAGAUCCUACUCGUUGGCCCAAUUCUCAUUGGCGAUCUGUCAAGGUUGGUUGGGAUGAAUCAACAGCAGGGGAAAGGCAGCCACGUGUAUCAUUAUGGGAAAUAGAACCAUUAACAACUUUUCCCAUGUAUCCAUCUUUGUUUCCUCUUCGGUUGAAAAGACCAUGGUACCCUGGAGCUUCAUCUUUUCAAGGAGACAGCAGAGAUGAUGCAGUCAAUGGAAUGGCAUGGUUGAGAGGGGAAACCGGUGAGCAAGCACUUAAUUCUCUAAACUUCCAAUCUGGUGGAAUGUUUCCAUGGAUGCAACAAAGGGUAGAUCCGUCAUUUCUCCAAACUAACCUCAACCACCAGUAUCAAGCUGCAUUAGCAGCAGGGUUACAGGGUGUAGGAAGUGGCGAUGCUUUGAAACAACAACUCUUACAAUUUCAACAACCUGUUCAAUACCUUCAACAUUCAACUCACCAGUCAAUGUCAGUCAUCCCACAGCAAAGGGUAGAUCCGUCAUUUCUUCAUAGUCAUGGUCAAAUGUUGGAGAAUUUAACACGGUCAACUCAGAACCAAGAGAGUCAACAACAUCAGCAAAAUCCAUACACGGAGACGUACAACAUGAUGCAAUCGAGUAUUCCCUCUCCUUCGUUUCCAAAGACAGACUUCAUGGAUCCCAAAUUCACUUCCAAUAUUGCCCCUCCUCCUACCAUGUUGGGAUCCGAUCCAAAUUUUUCAAGAACCGGUCAAGGUCAAAGUCAAACACAAUCGUGGGUAUCGAAAUUUGGUCAACCACAAGUCAACACUUGUUCGACUUCACCCUUUCAAGGGAAAGAUGGAGGUAGUUCAAAUUCCAUUGAUCAGGAAUCUUCAAGUUUGGAUGCGACACAAAAUCAGAAUUUAUUUAAUCAAAUUAACAUCGAUUCAUCCGGGCUUCUACUUCCAACAAUCGACACCACCGAUUUGUCCACAAUGCCUUACUACAUGCAAGACUCUUCCGAGUUGUUAACACCUACAGGAGGAGGAGGAGGAGGACAAAUCGACCAAACUACCCCUAAUCGCAACCGGACAUUUGUGAAGGUUUAUAAAUCGGGGUGUGUAGGGAGGUCAUUGGACAUGAGCCGAUUCAACAGCUACCAUGAGCUGCGUGAGGAAUUGGGUGAAAUGUUUGGGAUCGAGGGUUUGCUUGAAGACCCUCAAAGAUCAGGCUGGCAGCUUGUAUUCGUUGACAGGGAGAAUGAUGUUCUUCUCCUUGGAGACGACCCUUGGGAGGCAUUUGUAAAUAGUGUCUGGUAUAUCAAGAUACUAUCUCCUGAGGAUGUGCAACAACUCGGGAAGCAAGAAGUGGAAUCUUUAGGAGGAGGCCAAAACUCGGGUGAAAGAAUCCACAGAGACCAUCUGUCUCUUUCGGGACUUCCUCCAUCGAUGGGGUCCGGGUCACUUGAUUUUUGAUCAAAAAGGAAAAAAAAAAAAAAAGAAAUGGAGCGAGUUUCUUUUUUUUUUUUUUGGCUUGUUUUGGUCUGUUUUGAUUUGAUGCGUUUAGUAGGGUAUUGUGUUAGCUCGCUCUCUGUGGAUGUGGAUGAAUACUUGUGGUAAUAAUUCCAAGUUUAGAACACAAUCUUUGACUUAUUAUGAGUGGUUGACUAUUGUGGAAUUGUAAUUUGACCAUACAUUUAUCGAUCGUGUGCUCUAUUUCUGUUUUC